AUGGAAAAGUUUAGCCAAUAUCGCGAUCGGGCCACCGGUAUCGCGCCCUUUCUCCCUGUCACGACGACGCUCUCCACCGUCAGCGCCGCCUACCACGGCCUCAUCUUCGCGCUGCGCCUGCCUUUUUUUCUCACAUUUGCGGUCGGUUACUUUGCGUUUUUCCACCACCUGCCGCUGCCCGUCAUCGCGCGCAAGGUGGCGCUGUGGUGCCUGCUCGGCAUCCCGGGCAUCUGGUGGGUGGACCUGCAGCUCGACGGCGUCAAGCGCGGCACACUCGCGGACCAGCCUCGCCAUCGGUUCCCGCACGGCGGCACCGUCAUCGCCGCCAACUUUACGAGUCCCGUCGACGUCGUCUACCUCGCCGCCAUCUUUGACCCCAUCUUCACCGUCUCGUACCCGGGCACGCGCAAGGUCCGCCGCGUCGGCCUCUUUGCCGCCGUCCUCGCCGCCCUCGCGCCUCCGAGCACCCACCGCCCCGCCGACAGCGAGCUCGUGUCGCUGCGCGAUCUCGUCCAGCGAUACCCCGACCGCCCAAUCGCCGUAUUCCCCGAGUGCACUACCACCAACGGCAAGGCCAUCCUGCCGCUGAGCCCGGGCCUGCUCGCGUGCCCGGCCGACGUGCAGAUAUUCCCCGUCAGCCUGCGCUACACACCCGCCGACGUUACGACGCCCGUGCCGGGCCGCUGGAUCUCGUUUCUGUGGAACUUGCUGUCGCGGCCCACGACGUGCAUCCGAGUGCGCAUCGCAGAAGGCCAGUCCAACACGUCCGCCACUAGCACCAACGGUGCGUCUGUGAAUGGCGAGCUGCGCUCACGCGCCGGCGACGCGGGUGGUGAUGUGAGCCCGGAGGAGCAGCGUGUGCUGGAUGGCAUUGCCGAGGCGCUGUCGCGGCUGGGAAGAGUCAAGCGUGUGGGACUGACGGUGGAGGACAAGGCGGCGUUUGUCAAGGCGCUCAAUCGCAAGCGAUCAUGA